UCCUGCUGCAGUGUUGCGGCAUGUUCCAGGUGCGACCGCAGCUUCGUCCCACUAGGGCUGUAAUAGUGCCUGGGAACGGGUCAGGCGAUAUAGAGAAAUCCAACUGGUACAGAUGGGUGUGGGAAACUCUAGAGGAGGUACCUGGUUUCCAGUGUAUACUUCGAAAUAUGCCUGACCCAAUUACAGCUCGAGAGAGAAUCUGGCUGCCGUUCAUGGAAUCAGAACUCCAUUGCGAUGAGCAGACGAUCGUUAUUGGCCACAGUUCUGGUGCCGCUGCUGCCAUGAGGUAUGCAGAAACUCACAAGGUGUAUGCAAUUAUUUUAGUGUCUGCUUACGUUUCCGACUUGGGAGAUGAGACUGAAAGAGAGAGCGGAUACUUUAACCGACCUUGGCAGUGGGAGAAGAUCAAGGCUAAUUGUCAUCACAUUGUGCAGUUUGCUUCCACAGACGAUCCUUUCCUUCCCUGGAGCGAGCAGCAGGCAGUGGCCAAUGAGCUCAACGCAGAGCUAUACAAGUUCACAGACAGGGGCCACUUUCAGAGCAGUGAAUUCAAUGAGCUAAUCAGUGUGAUCCAGGAAAUACUCAACAGGGCUGCUUAAAGCAGGGCCUGUUCAUUUUGUAUUUCCUUACCUUGGGGACAGGAGGUGCAGUCUGUAUUUCCUACUGAGCAAUUCCACAGCAAAGAUCUAGAGCAGUGGCUUUCAAACUUUUUUUCUGGGGAUCCAGUUGAAGAAAAUUGUUGGUGCCCGUGACCCAAUGGAGCUGGGGGAGGGGCUCAGGAUUGGGGCAGGGGUGCAGGAGGGGGUCAAGGCUCUGGACUGGGGAUGCAGGCUCUGGGGUGGGGUCAGGGCUGAGGGGUUUAGGGGUGUAAGAAAGGGUUCUCGGUGGCUCAGGGCUGGGGCAGGCGAUUGGGGCACGGGGUUGGGGCACGGACUUACCUGAGGCGGCUGCCAGGCAGUAUAGUGACUAUACUUCAAUGAGUUCUCUUUCCUAGUUCAGUUUUGCUCUGCAGCUUCUGGGACAUGCCCAUUCUUUUGCCCUGUCUUUUUGCAUUGAUUAGAUUCAUGGUUUUAAGGGUGGUGAUAAUGUUUGAUACUUUGCAAAGGCUUUGACUUUUUUUUUUUUUUUUUUUUAAAUCUCACAAUAACAUGGCUUUUGUUACAUAAAAUACGUAUCAUUUCUUUUAAGGAGUUUAGGCUGUUAUAUGGGUCUAUUCCAAUACCUGUGGCUCAAGGCAUGGAUUUAGAGCCACAGAUUUUAAGGUCAGAAGGGCCCUCUAGUGGAACACAGUCCAAAGAACCUCAUCCCCUAACACAGUGGUCUCCAAACUUUUUGAUUGCGCACCCCUAUCAGUAAAAAAUUUUUGAGCACGCCCCCCUUGCUACGGCGGCUCUACCAUUUUUGCCGAAGCACAAAAAAAAAAAACGCUCGGACAAAGAGGGGGAAAAAAAAACGCUCCUCCGGCCGCACACCCCCAAGGAUCCUCUUGUGCAGCCCCUGGGGUGCAUGCACCCUACUUUGGAGACCACUGCCCUAACACCCUGUGCUGGUUUGCUUUAAAGGGACAUCUUCUGCAGUAGUGCUGCCAGGCUGUCCUUUAAUAUUAUUGUUUCCAAUAAAAUAUUGACGGGUUGGUUUGAAACUUGCCAAUGUAACUAAGCAGCUGCCACUCCAUUAAAGUCAAUGAAGUUACACCAGAGCUAUUACUCCAGACCAGACACAACUAAUGUUGGUAAUUAAAACUGUAGCAAAGGCAUGGAUAUUUCGGGAAGGAAAAAUCACAGGCCGGGCAAGAAAAAGGGUGUGGGAUAAAAACCUCAACUAUUGCUUUGUACUUAAAAUAGUCUCCUUUUCUCUUUGUUAUGCAAACCUGGCAUAGUGCAACAAUAAAAGAUCGCUCUUGCAUUAGAGAAGUACAUCCCUCUGCCGGUGUUCUGGGAAGAUCAGUUAGCGUUGUGAGGGCAUUCAUUCCAGUUACCCAUUUACUACUCUUCCAGCUCCACAACAUUAAUGGGGAUGUGGGUUUGGGGUGUUGUCGCCAGGGAGGCGGUUUGUCUUGCUGCAUACAGGACAAUGCAAACUUUUAUUAAAUGCUUUAAAAGAAAAAAAUACAUUAAACAUUUUACAUAAAAAUGAUCAAAUGAA